GUGUCUGAAUCUUUGUGACGGGCGGCGAGUGUGUGCUGUGCUGUGUGUACUUGUUUACACUUUAAGUACUCUCUUUUUUUUUUGUAGAUUCUCCAGCAUUUAAGAGAUUCCAAGAAAUCAUUUUUCUAAGCUCACAUUUUGCUCCUCAUCUUGACCUGCAAGCAUCAACCUUCGCAGGAGGAGAUCUGAAAGGUCGGUGCUUUCUUUCAAAGCGUCGAGAAAUACCGGAGAUUGCUUCCGGGUCUUGCGUUUCGGUGCGGCUCGUUGUGAAAGAUCGAUCACCCAUUUGCCGUCGGAGGGCAAUUCCGUACCCCAUUUCACUGGUGCGUGCAGGGGUUGGAAGUAUUUUCUAUUGAAACCCGUUUCCUGGAUUUAGAGGAAAGUGGUAAAAUUGCGAGGGAGUUUUGCUUCUGGAUUGCAUUUGGAGAUGAAUACAUGAAACUAGUUGUGGCUGUUCCUUGAUUGAUACGGGUAUGAGUCAUGACGAUAAAGCUCUAUUAAUAAAUUGAAGACAGGCAAGUAGCAUGAUGUAGUUGGAAGCUUAGGAUUUAGAGAAUUGCGGUUUUAAUUUGUUUAGUCUCUCUUUGGUGGUAAUUCUAAUAUUGAUAGCAAGAGAAAAUUAGAUUUCUGUCAUGGCAUCAAUUAGAAGGACCAUGUCGCCAGUGCCUCGACAGGGUACUGUAGUCACGGGUGAGGUGUAUUCAGUUGCUUCUCCCUUGUCAAAGUCCUCAUCGUGUGCUCAGAACUACUCGCCAUCGGGUGGAUUGCUACCUUCUGUUUUUGGUUUACCAGAUUCUCAAGCUUUAGUUCUCGGCUCGCCUAGAACAUCUAGACCCCUUGAAAGAUCAAAACAGAAGGGACAGGUUUGGAGAAGGGCUGUUUUCCACUUCUUCAUUUGUUUCAUAGUAGGGGUCUUCAUAGGGCUAGCACCAUUUGUUUCCAUGGAUAAUUCAAUGAAUCUCAUGUUAAAUCAUCAUGCUUUCUCCUUUGAGGUGGCUUCAAAUGUUGAGAAUUUUCAAACAUAUGACACUUCAGCAGCAAAUGUGACAUCAGUGAUGGAAAAUGUGACAGUAAAUAAUGUCACACUGAAGGAGAAAGUGCAUGAACAGGCCCUUAUAGCUGGGACUUCCAAUGAUGCCCUUGCUAAUCUGCCACUUCCUCAAGACGUGGAGGGGAAAUUUCACAAGCUUUUGAUAAUUGUCACACCAACAUAUGCUCAACCUUUUCAAGCCUAUUAUCUAAAUCGUUUGGCACACACAUUAAAACUUGUUCAAUCUCCUCUAUUGUGGAUCGUUGUGGAGAUGACUUCCCAAUCGGAGGAAACCGCUGACAUCCUUAGAAGAGCGGGAGUAAUGUCUAGGCAUCUUGUUUGCAAGAAAAAUGUCACUGACAUAAAAGACAGAAGUGUUCACCAAAGAAAUGUGGGACUGUCUUACAUUGAAACCCACCAUCUUGAUGGGAUUGUCUAUUUUGCGGAUGAAGAAAAUGUCUAUUCUAUGUAUCUUUUUGAGCAAAUGAGACAGAUUAGGGACUUCGUUCCUUCCACCACUAUUCUCAACUAUUGAUGGCUUCCACUUAGGCAUCUUGACCUUUCGUGUUUUCCAGCUUACCAUUCUAUUUUUGCUACAUCUGAGUCCCAUUUCCACAUUUUCUCCUCAUGAGGCCCAACCCCAAGGCGACUUGGUACAUGGACAGUGGCUAAACAAACAAGAAAUGGAAGAAAGCCUAUGUUGGAGGGCCCUGUUUGUAAUGGAACUCAAGUCAUUGGAUGGAACACCGAUGUAUUAAAUACAAAAUUCCGAAGAUUCCAUGCAGAAAUAUCAGGGUUUGCCUUCAACAGUACCAUACUUUGGGAUUCAAAGCGAUGGCACAGACCCACUCCUGAACCAAUUAGGCUGCUUGAUGCAGUCAAGGAGAGCUUCCAGGCAAGUGCAUUUGUUGAACAAGUAGUGGAAGAUGAAAGCCAAAUGGAAGGCUUAUUGCAGGACUGCUCAAGAAUCAUGGUUUGGCAUCUUGAUGUUCUAUCAUCUAAUUCCUUCUAUCCUGCUCAAAAUUGGUUCAUGAAGAAUAAUCUAGAUAUCAUUGCACCGCUGGCAUGAAAUUUUUGGCAUGGGAGGAGUAAAUCUGGACUACAUGAGAAAGACAGCCUGAGAAUCACCGAGCAUUGGGUGAAUAGAUAUCUCCAAUCAGAUUCCUGCUUCCGGUGCCCAAGCAUUUGGCUGGUUGUUAUUCUUUACUCAUUGUUGAGGCCCUAGAGCAUUUUGCAGACCAAGUAUAAGAAUCAUCUCUGUAUAGCCUUCAAAGUUCCAUAUAUCUGCAUAUGCCUAUGCUUACUAAAUGGGAAAGUAUGGUCAAUUUGAAAAGCAGAAACCAUCUUCAUGUGAGUUUGAUUAAGCCAUUCCUUUGUAAAACUGGAAGCAGUUUUUGAUUAUUCUAAUUACCUUUUUCUUCUCAGCAUUCUAGUGUAUUAUUAAGCUGUAGCAUCCUUUCCACCUAUGAAAGUUUUUAAUUAAUCCUCUUUUGAUGG